AUGUUCACAGGUCGUCGGCCGGCACUGGCUCUGAUGGUAACUGGAGUUUUUAGUGUUUUGAAUGGUUUAAUAGCUGCUUUAAAAAACACUGAAAGACACUUUUACCUAUCUGAUUAUCUGAACACACAUUGGAUAACGUCUAUUGUAUUUUGUGCUGGCUUGGUUCAUAGAACGACCAUUGAUGGCGAUUAUUAUGGAGAGGUUUUCUCAUUUACGACCAAUUUGUUGUGUGUAUGUAUAUCACUCACUGCCAUUAUCUCCGAUUAUAGUAAUUUGAAGUACAUUGGCGGCUUUACCAACAACACAAAACUUGAUUUUGUGAUACAGGAUAAGCAAGACCAUCUCUAUCUUUACAAUGUUUUGGACAUGCUCGUCUGUAUCAUUGCUAUACCAUGUUCCAUCUACAUAAUCCGCUACUUGUUGCAAUCAAACAACCAUCUACCCAAAACGACAUUACAGAGAAAAAACAGCGCCAUACUCGGCUUGGGAACUGGUCUCAUAGUUGUAUCAGUCCUAAGAGCCGUUGUGUUUCUACUUGAGCUGAACUUGAACAAGAGUCAACGAAUUCGUUCAGUCUACUUCAUCAAUUACACCAUAGAUGAACCUGCAUGGAUACUGACAGCUAUCACUUGCGGAGUGGUAACGGUAUUAUCCGCGGAUGGCAGUGAUCUACUUAGAGGAGUUUCAAUGGCCUUGAGUUGUACACUCAUGUGGCCCGCAAUAUUCUAUGUAUGGGUCGAUUAUCGGCAAAUGCUGGGAAACAAAGCCUUGCCAUUAGAGAGAGGGUACAACAAUUUGGUUUUCUUGGGUUCAUCAGAAGUUGCGCUAGGCAUCAUACAAGCCUUCAUACUCCUUUCUCUAGCUUUGGCACAAUUAUCACAAUUCCCUGGAACCUGCAAAAUUCGCUUGCAAACUAACGUUAGGAAUCUCUUCAUUGGGUUAUGUUCUCUGUUCUUAGUGGCAUUCGUUGCGAUAGUAGUUCUGGAUGUAUAUGCGGCUUUCAACAAUCUCUUCUACACCCUAUUCCACCCCAGUGAACAGAAAACGCCGUUUUACCUGCUGAUACUAAUUGUUUCGGCAUUAGUUUCGAUCAUUCCAGGUUUCGCAACUCUUACUUUGCCGCUGUCGUUUACCGUAUGCUUGUUAACUGCUAAUUCCACGCUAUUCCAAAUAGGAAGUUACUUCUACCUCACUCAUAAUGGAUAUUUUGCCCUCAAAAUGUGCGAAAGUGAGAUCUACGAAGAUGCGUGCUCGCGAAGAGCAUCCAGUAACCGAGUUCACCUGGUCGAAACCCUGGCUCAUUUCGCUGUCCUAAUUGGGUGUGCCAUUUAUGGAAUCAUCCUUGUUCGAAUAUUUCAUUUAAAUGUCGUUGACCGGGAAAUGAAUGAUGUUGAUAAGAAGAGGACUCGCAGAUUUGAGAAUGUUGUCCGAACAUUAGGAGUAUCGAUGUGCACGGGAGCAUUACUAAUUUUGAUAUCAUUGGGCCUACGUGAUAGAACAUUCGACGACAUACAUCCGCUAUUGACUAUUUAUGGGUCCAUCUAUCACUUCUCCUUGGCCAUUUCCCUCGUUGUUUAUCCUCUUUAUCAGAUUGUUUGCUGCGAGAAAAUGUACAAAUACCCAAUGACAAUUGAUUCCCUAAUAUGUCUUUCAGCUGUUCGGUUUGUUGACUGUCUUACCCAUAUGGACUACCGAGGCACUGGAGACGAUUUGAGCCUGCAAUGGCGAAUUCAUACAGCUGUUGAUUACCUUUCAUUAUUCAGUACUCUGAUAACCAUGAUUUGUCUGCUACACAUUCGGGCCAUUGGCAAACCUCAAUUAGAAAGACUGGAAGACAUAGAUAUGGACUUCAACAAUCCCCUACACGCUAACCGAGCUGAAAACGGAGGCAAUAGUUAUCAAGUCCUGCAGAAUCGGUUUGAAAACGAAGUUGUUGCGUCUAGUCAGGCUGUUGAAACAGCCAGGUCAUAA